GACGUUGCGUCACUCAAGAGGCUUUGUUCUUCCUCACUCUUCCUAUUCUCUCCCUUCUUCUCGUCUCAUCUCCCACAUUUUGUUUUGUAUCUUCCUCUGUCUUCAUCGACCCUCUUUCUCUCUCUCCAAUCUUUAUCAUUUCUGUUAUUCUUACUCCCAAACCUCGCCUCUUUUCCUGGAAAAUUUCUUUGCUUUUUCUCUGGGAACGAAAAGAAAAUUGAAAAAACAUAAACUUUGCCGAGGAAUGCGUGUAAACGAGGUUGUAGUGCUGGGAGCAGCCUCCUUCUCUACAAUGCAGAAUGGAAUUUCAACCUUUGAAGACUCUCUUAGCCUCAUUUCCCAAACCAGCACCACUGCACGGUGCAACUUGGCUUAAACCCUAGUUCUGCUCAAAAGGGUCGACACCUUGAUCCUGUUGUGUCUGCAGCUUCUGUCACCGGCUCCAACCUUUCUGGGUUUUGAGCUGAUUUCGGAAUCUGGUCAGAGAGGAAAGCGGUUUCGUGUUUCAAUGUCUGUCAAAUUGCGGGUUUUGGAUUUGAUUUAAGUGAUACCCAGUUCAGUGCAUAUUUGGGGUGAAAUUCUGAGAUCUGUUUAGAAACCCUCGUUACUGUAUGCCAGGUGUUCGAUGAAAGUUUCAAAUGCUUAUGCCUUUUCUAUUGCGUCUCAAGCUUCCAAAACUUGAUAGUUAGAGAUUAAAGAGUCAUCUGAAGGGGUGAGUGGUGAAUUGAAGAAGAAAAAAUUUGUGUGAAUGUCGGGUCCCAGAUUGAGGUCUGUGAAUGUUGGUGACUCAGAGGCUGCAAGGCCUGUGUUUGGACCGGGUGGGAACAAGACAGGGUCAUGGAGUUCCCGGAAGCCAGCUUCAAAGCCACUGAGGAAAGCUGAUAAAUUGCACAAUGAGGACAAAGAGAAGAAAUCCCAGGAAGUGUCUACGGUUCUUACUUCUCCACAGUCACAUUCUGCAAGUGUUCUGCGCCGGCACGAGCAGUUACUGUACAGCAAUUUGUCUCUCAAUGCUUCAUGUUCGUCUGAUGCAUCUACUGACUCGUUUCGUAGCCGUGCUUCUACUGGAAGACUGACUCGGUCUACUAGCUUGGGGUGCACAAGGAAGCGCUCUGUUUCGAAGCCUAGGAGUGUUGCUUCUGAUGGUGUGUUGGAGUCUCCUCCUCAUGGGUCACAAUCGAAGAAGAGAUGCGCUUGGAUCACUCCUAAUACUGAACCAUGUUACGCUACUUUCCACGAUGAAGAAUGGGGAAUUCCAGUGCAUGAUGACAAGAAACUAUUUGAGAUUCUUGUUCUCUCGAGUGCUCUGUCAGAACUCACUUGGCCAGCUAUUCUAAGCCAAAGGCACAUCUUUAGGGAAGUUUUUGCGGAUUUUGAUCCAGUUGCUGUCUCAAAAUUUAAUGAUAAGAAGAUAAUGGCACCAGGAACCGCUGCAAGCUCUUUACUUUCUGACCUUAAACUGCGUGCCAUAAUUGAGAAUGCACGUCAAAUAUCAAAGGUAAUAGAAGAGUUCGGGUCAUUUGACAAGUAUAUUUGGAGUUUUGUAAACUACAAGCCUAUAAUUAGCAGAUUCCGAUAUCCUCGACAGGUUCCUGUAAAAACACCAAAAGCUGAUGUUAUCAGCAAAGACCUUGUGAGAAGAGGUUUCCGAGGUGUGGGUCCCACGGUCAUAUACUCCUUCAUGCAGGUCGUGGGGUUAACAAAUGACCACCUCAUCAGUUGCUUCAGAUUCCAAGAUUGUAUGGCUGCUGCAGAAGGGAAGGAAGAGAAUGUCACCAAAGAUGAUUCCCAACAAAAGCAGUGUGAUCAUGUGAUGGAAUCUGAUCUGUCCAUUGCCAUCGAUAAUUUGAGUUUAUCGUCAGAGUGAUUGAUGACGACUCAACAAACAACUGUCUUGGCUGAUAGAGAUCAUCUGGUAGACCAAAUUCAUACUACUUAGGCCUUAGAUUGAGUCGUGAGGGAGGAGAGCUUGUGUACCCAUCUCAUGAAACCCUGAAACGGGAAGCAUGGCUAGUUGAAUUAAAUCAACUCAGUACCUAACUAAUCAUGUUGUAUGUGGCUUCUGGAGGGAGGCCUUAACAAAUUGGAGUACAAUUUUUUGUACAGUAAAAAAGAUUGGUGAUUAGAAAUAUCUUUUAUUAAGCCAGUGGCAGCAGGUGAUGAUAGAUAACCUGCACUUUGA